AUGGCCGCCAAAAUUCUGGGGGUCGAUGAUGAUCUCGAAGACAAGUUCAUCAACGAACAGUACAAGAACUGGAAAGUGAACUCAAGAUACCUGUAUGACGUUGUACUCUCGCAUGCCCUGGACUCGCCGAGCUCGACCGUUCAGUUCCUGCCAGAGAAAUACGACGCUCCGGGGAAGGGGUUGCAGGAGAAGAGAGUGCUGAUCGGAACAGAUACCAGCGACUCCGAGCAGAACUACUUGUUGCUUGCAAAGGGAACGAACAGAGCACGGGUAGAAAUCAUCCAGAGAAUAAAUCAUGACGGAGAGGUUAAGAGGGCUCGAUACAUGCCUCAAAAGCCAACCAUUAUCGCAACCAAGGCACCAUCGGCAGAAGUUUUUGUCUUCGAUUACACCAAGCAACCAGCAAAACCAGAUACAGAUGGAGUUUGCAGCCCUGAUCUGAAGUUAGUUGGGCACGACAAGGAAGGGUAUGGGAUCUCGUGGAGCACGUUAGACGCAGGAAUGCUUCUUAGCGGGUCUGAAGAUUCUACCGUCUGUCUAUGGAACGUGGAGGCGACACAUUCGAAUCAUCAGGCCGUUGAGCCCAUCAGCGUCUUCAAGGGGCACACAGGCUCGGUAGAAGAUGUAGCAUGGCACAUCCUGAAACCGAAGAUGUUCGGAUCGGUCGGAGGCGACAACCAACUUAUGAUAUGGGAUACAAGCAUGGCGGACAAGAAGCCAGCACAGAAAGUGAACGCGCACUCUGCUGAGAUCAACUGCCUUUCCUUCAACCCCUUCAACGAAUACCUCCUAGCCACCGGAUCUGCAGACAAGACUGUUGCCCUCUGGGAUCUACGCAACACAGCAGCAAAGCUGCAUGCCUUCGAGUGCCAUACCGAUCAGGUCAUCCAGGUCCAGUGGUCCUUCGCCUACGAAACCAUCUUGGGAUCCUGCGGUCAGGACAGGAAGGUGGCAGUCAUGGACAUCAGCAGGAUCGGCGAUGAGCAAAGCAAGGAGGAUGCAGAGGACGGGCCGCCCGAACUGCUGUUCGUUCAUGGAGGACACACCUCCAAAGUGACAGACUUCUGCUGGAACCCUCACGACCCCUGGCUGGUGGGCUCGGUGGACGAGAACUGUGUACUGCAAAUCUGGCAGAUGGCUUCGCACAUCUACAAGGAUGACGAUGACGAUGGCUCCGACAUCCCAGCGAAGGACUUGGAAUGA